AUGCAUUUUCAUAAUCAUCAUCAUAACAGAGAGUCUCAAAACGAUGGAACUCAGUCGUUAAAGCAAGAUCGUGAUGUUGGCCUUUCGUUUUUAUACCAUGCAGCAUCACACAACUUGCGACUAAGCCAAUCGUCGUUUCCGACUUAUUACUCAUUAGCUUAUUUACCAAUGCCAUACCUUCCCAAGAACAAUGCACGUUCACUUCGGUCAAAUGUACAAAUUUUGUUAUAUAAUUUUCUGGAAAGACCAGCGGGUUUGAAAUGCUUUUUAUAUCAUUUUUUUGUAUUCUUGGUUGUACUCGUUUGUCUGGUUCUCUCAGUCUUAUCAACAAUUGAAAAAUUUUCCGCCAAACUCUCUACACAUGUUUACUGGAUAGAAAUCUUCCUUGUAGUCUUCUUUGGUAUUGAAUAUAUCCUGAGACUCUGGUCAGCUGGAUGUCGAAGUAAAUACAUGGGUAUACUCGGUCGCUUUCGUUUCGCACGAAAGCCAAUUGCUGUUGUUGAUCUACUGGUGGUUGUUGCAUCAACAUUAAUGUUAACAUUAGGAUCUGAUCGACAGACGUUUGCAGCAUCGGCUAUCCGUGGCGUUCGAUUUCUACAGAUUUUACGCGUGUUGCAUGUCGAUAGACAUGGAGGCACAUGGCGUCUAUUGGGAAGUGUUGUUUAUAUCCAUCGACAAGAAUUGAUAACAACGUUAUACAUUGGAUUUUUGGCUUUGAUUUCAUGUAGCUAUCUUGUUUAUAUUGCGGAAAAAGAUGAAAAAGCCAGUGGCAUACGAGGUGCCAAGGAUGCUGAUGGUCAUUUUGAAUCCUACGCUGAUGCAUUGUGGUGGGGUGUAAUUACAAUAACAACAAUUGGAUAUGGUGAUAUUUACCCAAUAACAUGGGUCGGGAAAAUUAUUGCUGCAUGUUUUGCUAUAUUUGCAAUCUCAUUUUUUGCUCUACCAGCUGGCAUACUUGGCUCUGGUUUCGCUCUCAAGGUUCAGCAAAAACAACGGCAGAAGCAUUUCUCUCGGCAAAUUCCGGCUGCGGCUACUCUAAUUCAGGCAGCGUGGCGUUCCUAUGCCAGUGCGCCAGGCUCAUCAUGUGUUGCAACAUGGAACAUUUAUAUAAACGUUACCAAUUCCAACCCAACGUCGUCGCCGACGAAAACAUCGCCCACAACUAAUCAGACAUUCAGCGAGCGAACAGCCGAAAAAUUUCGAUAUCUACGUUUGGCCACCUCCGUCAAGAAAAAUCGAUCGAAGCGUAGUAGUCAUGGACCAGUACUUCCACCUUCGCCGAAUAUCUUGCAAUCUCCCAUCAAUAGUGAACUUCGAGAUUCUACAUCUUCAGCAUCAAAUACAACAGAAUGUUUUUCAUCUAAAGGUUGCUAUCUGAUGACAAACAAUGAUCAUGAUGAUGAAGAUUUCGAAGAAGUACCUAUAAAACUUUCAUCUCUCACCGAAGAUCACAAACGUAUGAUACGUUGCAUCCGUAAAAUGCAAUUAAUUGUUGCUCGUAAACGUUUUCAACAAGCUCGAAAACCUUACGAUGUACGUGAUGUACUUGAACAAUAUUCACAUGGGCAUAUUAAUAUGAUGAUGAGAAUCAAAGAAUUACAGCGAAAAAUUGAACAUACGAUUGGUAAACAACCAUUGUUGCAAAGUGAGGAUCGCUCGAAAUUAACUGUUUUGGCUCGAAUGCAACGUGUUGAAGAUACUAUUUGCGAUAUGGGACAAACCAUGGAGAAUAUGUACACGCUAUUGAAGAAUAUCGAUGAUAAAUUGGAUCGCGUAUCAAAUGCCAAUCAAAAGCCUACUUCACGCCCUCCCAAGUCGAUGUCAUCGAAUCUAGGCGUGAAAUUUUCUUCGGUUCACGAAGAAAUCUCUUAA